AGCCCCGUCGAUUUUGAAAGAUAAGAACGAAAAAGAAUAAAAUCAUCAGAAGAAGUAUCGUUGGUGUGCAUGAAUGUCCUCCACGUAUUACCCUAUGUCUGCCACGUGUUAUCUUCCUAUGACACCUAGGCACUCUAGUUCUUCCCUUUUCAUCUGCCUCUCUUCCAUUCAGAAUACAACCGAAGAAAGCUUCUACCUUCUCCACGAUACACAACUCAGAAAUCGCUCCAACAAUCUACGAAAAUGGCAGAACCAACACACGAUCCUCCUUCAUCAUCGGAAAUGUCUGAAACAACAACUCACCCUCAUUCUCAUUCAUCAACAGACGAAUUGCAUCAAGAUCAUGGUAAUUACUCCAUGAAAGACGUAAUAAUGUGGAGGAAAAAGCGAGUUAGUUUAGGGGUGGUGGCCACCGCGACGGUGUUAUGGGUGGUGAUGGAAGUUUACGGCUUCAAUUUCAUCACCGUCGCUUCAUGGAUCGGCAUCUUUCUUGUUUCAUCUCUUUUCACUUGGGCUAAUAUUUAUAAGCUCAUUUACAAAGAGGAGCCGAGUAUGUCGGGGCUAGGGAUAUCAGAGAAGACAGUCACCGGAAUUGCAAACUGGAUAAGGGUUUCCGGCGAGGAGGCGAUGAGGUGGGUGUUUAAAGUUGGUGCUCAAAGCGAGUGGUAUGUUUUUGCGGCGGCGGUUGUUGGACUGUGGCUACUUUCCGUCAUUGGCAGUUGUUCAGACCUACUUACUCUUCUAUACACAGGAACUAUGGUGGGUAUGAGUGCGCCUGUGAUUUGGAUGAAAUAUGAUGAUAAGAUAAGGGAGCAUGGGGAGAGGUUGCAGAUGCAGAGUAUGAAAUUCUACAGUACGAUGAAGAAGAAUGUGCAGAAUCUAAUGGAUAAAGUCAAAGACAAAGUCAACUCACCAACAAAGGAGAUGAAGGAGAAGAAAGUUGAAUAGAACUAUCAUGAUUUAUGACGAUUGUAUUUGUCUAGUAUGUUAAGGUGUCGAUGUUUUGAAAUAAUGUUGAUGUAAAUAUAUAUAGUUCUUUAUAAGGGUCCAUAUCUAUUUUCAUUGGCAAAACUAGAUUACAUGUUUUAUUCACGUUUAUGAAUUUGAGGUGUAUUAAAGAUUA